UUAUAUGUAUAUGAGUAGGCUGUUUAUUUGCAUGUUGUCUCAUCUGUGCAAGUAUGUCGUUUAUGCAGGCAUACUGCGUUUCGUGGAACCUAAACUGUAACUGAUACCGAUAUCCACCGGAAGUUGUGGUCGUACUUGUAUAAUGCUCAAAAGUCAGCGCUUCAAACACACUGGCCCGCUUGAAAGCGAGCAGUGUCUGCGAGUUUUUGAGUUGUAUGCAAUUUCUUCCAUCGUUCCAUUGCAGUUUGGGGCUUCCGUCUUCCAUACUGUGAUUACGGAUCCUGGCCACGUUUAGAUGGCUUGAAUCAAUAAGUCUGUAAAUUACUAACCAGAAUUCGCUGUUCAGAACAUUGUUGGUUUCGCGUUCUGUUGGGGUCCCAGGUUGCAGCCUUGGUUUGGACGAUGGCCCAGUCGUUGACAGACGUUUCACAACAGAUGGAACUAGAGUCCUACAAAAAGCAUCGAAUCAGCGUGGUGACAGGCAGUGAUAACCGGUUUGAAGGCUGGUUAAAGGAUGUCUUCCCAGAUUCCAAGGAGAUUUCGUUGGAAAAGGUGCGCUUUUGUGGGACCGAAUCUCGCCGCACCCAUAAAUCUGCACCGGCUCGAUUGGAAGUGUAUAGCUGUAUCCGGCUGCAGUUAUCCGAAGCCAAAGAGAUUUUCGCUCACAUCCAGACGAAUCCGGAAGUGAUCAUGGACUCAGCGGUUCUCGAGAGCGGAGAGGCUGUGGUGCCGAUUCUGUGGCACACCGUCCGACUGCCCAACAACAAGGAAGCCGUGAUUCUCCCCAGCCCACCCGACCGUCCACGUGCCGCUGGCCCCACCCUGAGUACCGAAGGCGCCCUGCUGGAUAUUCCCAUUGCCCUGGAAGUCCUGGCGGAACAUACGCGACGCGAUGAUAAACCGCAGGCCAGUUUUAUUUCCCGCGCCCAGAUUCGCUACGAAGGCACACUGAAGCACCUGGAUGAAAGCACGCGCACGGUGUCCUUGCAUAAUGUGCGCUUUCUUGGUACGGAAAACCGACCGAGUGUGAAGCAAGUGGCGCCGCGUGCGGAAGUUUAUCCGUCGGUGAAGUUCCAGCUGGAUCAGAUUCGUAAUAUCCGCAUUACGGUUGCCAUGUGCAAGGAAAUGGCCGAGGAUAGCGCUGUGCUGAUCGACGAGACGUCCAGCGGUGUGAUUGAAUUGGAUGCAACAUCGGCAUCACCACUCGUACCUCCCUUUGGUGACUCACAGGGAAAUGAAUCUGGACAAGCGGAAACAUCGUCGCAAAAUGACUUACGUCGCCGUAAUGCGCGUAAUGCAGCCCCUCCUCGGCGGCUGCAGAACAGCGGCGGAUUGGAGACCAUUAAGACUCGAAAGGCCCGUACUUAUAGUCGUUCUGGUAAUAAGAAGUAUGGGACAACAAAGCGCACCCCGCUUCGCCCACCGGCACCCAUGGAGCCCUCCUCCAGUGACAACAGUGACGAGCGCGCGGCCUCACUGCAUUCGAACUCCAACAGUACCGAAGAUGCGCCGAAACCAGCCAAGACCAAAGGCCGCAAGCGGAGUGUGUCGUACCUCCCACCUAAGGGUUCUGCAGCUAGUAGAGCCAAACGCUCACGACAGCAUUCUGAGACGAACGUUCGCAAGAGUGUUGUCACUGCACAGGAAUCUCUGGAUGAACCGAUGUACAGUCAACCUGUACUUCAGGUGGAUACUUCGGAUGUUGUGCGUGAUGCCAUGGAGCCAGACAGCGGAAAAUUGGGUGAUAUUGGAGUGAACGGAAACACUGGUCAGGAUUCGGAUGGCUCAGCGCAGGUCGAAGAAAGAAAGGAACCAAUCGUUUUUGACGUAAAAUGGGACGCUAAAAAAGCUCGUUGUCCCGUGCCGAACUGCUCCGUGCCGAACUAUCUUUCUAUGAGUAUGUAUACCAUGCAUCAGCACUUCCGAAAGGAGCACUUGAAGCAGUAUCCCAAGUAUCAGCUGCGCUUGCACUGCAGCUUGUGCUCGGAAAACGGCUUUAACGGAGGACAGAUUCCGGACUUACGCCGCCACAUGGAACAGAAGCACGGAUGGAGCGGCUGGAGUUCGAACGGCAAUCCAUUGCGCGAUUCGAUAGAUACUAACGAAAAUGAGGUUAAUGGUAGUAUGGACCGAGCGUCAGGAGAGGAAGCUGCGGCGGUGGGAGAAUCGAUGACUAGUGAAGAUCCGGAAACUUGAGUUGACCGUACAGGAUAUGAAAACGAUGUGGUCGGCUCGGUUUUCCUGACAGUUUCUCGUGAUUUUUUUACGGCCAGCGUUCCAUAGAUGGACCGAUGACUGCACAUAUGUGCCAAAUUGUUUCUUCAGAUCUUCUUUUGUUAAUAGUAUAAUUAACGACGCGAUAGUUCAGUAUUUUCUUUUCCUGACUGAUUGAUGAUUGUCCUUUUUUUUGACGAUGGGCUUGCAAUUUGCCAAAGUACAUCGGAUUGUUCUAGUGUUGGGUAGUAAAAGUCCUUGCCAGUAUACUUAUUUUUACUAUCGGCUUUUGAAAGUUUACUUAUUUUUACUUACUAUUCAAAAUUUUUCGGGACUUUUACUUACUUUUACUUUUUAUUUCAAUUUUCCCAAGGACAUUUACUUACUAAAUUAAAGUAAAUUUACUAAAUAAAUGUAAUUUAGCAUUGAAAGUUUCGAAUUGCUUUAGUUUCAAAGCGCAAAAGACGGCUGAAAAUUGCAGAUAAAUUUCUUAUGCAUUAAUCGAGCUAUACAGGUGCAUACUGAAAAGUAAAUACUGCUGCUUUUGAGGGCGGCAGGCUGGCAGCCGACUACUGCGCACACCCACUUUACCUGCGAGUGGCGGCGGCUGACACGCCAAUUUUCCGUAACGCUGAUAAAACGAAUUAGUAAAUAAUUUAGUAAAAGAUCUUCAUUUAUUCAGCACUGAACCUUAAUAUUUACUUACUUUCUACUAUUCCGGCAACACAUUUGCUUACUUUUACUAACUUUGUUUCCAAAACCUUACUAUUUACUAGACUUUUAAUAU